GUACCUUUAAUUAGUUCCAUUUCGCUCGCCCAAGAAUCAUGUUGGUAAAAUUGACAUGGGUGACAUUGAUUGUACUUCUACAUUUAAAAGGAUAUUUGUCAUCGAACUCGUGUGAGAAGCAAACGACAUGUCAAGAUUGUAUAAGAGACCAAGCUGGUUGCGUUUGGUGUGCUGAUAAUGAUAGCACCAUUGAGAAAAGAUGUAAACUCCGAAAUAGCUUCGACAGUACUUGGUGUCCAAGAAAAUUACAAAAUCCGGAUAGUUCAGUCACAUCAAAUAAAGAGCAUAACCAAGACUUUCGGACAGAUCGAGGAAAUAUCAUCCAAAUAAAACCUCAAAGAUACACAUUAAAAUCGCGCGUUGGAGAAACACUCAAUUUCAACUUCUCUUUCAAAGGAGCCAAGGACUACCCAGUUGAUUUAUACUUUUUAUUCGAUGCAUCAAAUACUAUGAAAGUCAUAAAAAAUGAAAUUGCCGAUCAAACCGAGAAAAUUUAUGAGACAAUGAAGAAUAUCACAAACGACGUAUACCUGGGAAUGGGUACAUUUAUCGACAAAAAUAGCAUUCCUUUUACAGGCACUAUUGACAACACAACAGUAUAUUCUUUCAAACACAGACUCAAAUUAACGACUGAUUACAAGAAAUUUAAAGAUUCGGUUACAAACAUAUCAUUUGGUAGGAAUCGAGAUUUACCUGAAGGCGGGCUAGAUGCACUGGCACAAGUGAUAGUUUGUAAAGAGAUUAUUGGUUGGAGGAAUGAAUCCAGAAAAAUUGUUGUUGUAACUGAUUCGCCAUACCAUGCGGCAGGAGACGGCAAACCUGCCGGCAUCACACAGCCAUACGAUGGCAAAUGUUACACAGAUACUGUCUACAGUAAGGAACUCGUCAUGGAUUAUCCAUCAGUCAGCAUUAUCAAUAAAUUAGCAGCUCAGAAUGAUGUCAUUAUUUUAUUUCUAAUUCACGAUAAAUACGAAGCACUGUAUCAAGAUCUCAGUAGAACUAUAAGUGGAUCCAAAGUAAAAAGUUACCACGGAAAAGGCGAGGCUGAUGGCUCUAUAGUCAAUAUACUGAGAGAUAUUUAUCAGAAAAUAUCAAAAGUUCUUAAACUUAAAACCAAUGUAAAAAUAGGUAAUCGAAAGAACAUAAUGAUGACAUUCGACCCAGACUGUACGCAACAAAAUAAUGAUAAAAUCUGUGGGACAAAAAGUGAAGAAGAAAAAAUGUUUAACGGCACAUUAAAAAUAUUAGAGUACGAUAACACUGUUAAAUACACAAUAGAAGUAGCAAUAGAAGGAAUCGGAGAAAAAUUAUCUUUGGAUGUAGACAUGAUUACAGAUUGUGAAUGCGCAAAAGAAGCGAAAACAACUGAAUAUUGCAAUGGGGAAAUAAGAGAGUGCGGGAUAUGCAGAUGCGGUGGCGAAAGGUACGGAGAUAAAUGUGCCUGCAAGAGAAAUGUCCAAAAUUUAUACAACGACAAAAUUACAUGCAUCGCGAAGGGAAGCAACGACACGUGCAGCAACCGCGGCUCCUGCACAUGCGGUACUUGCUCCUGUCUCGACGGGUAUGAAGGUAAAUACUGCGAAUGCAAUAAAGACAGCUGUCCGAGGGACACAAAAAAUAACCUCUGCAGCGGACACGGCAAAUGUGUUUGUGGCGUGUGCAACUGUGACCGUGGUUGGGACAAAGAAGAUUGCCACUGCCCGCUAUCCACCGAAGCCUGUCAAAGUUCUAACGAUAUAAUAUGUAAUAAUAGAGGGACAUGCAACUGUGGUCAAUGCAAAUGUCGGGAUAUACCCGAAUGGUACAAACGGUACGACGGGCAAGACGAUUACUGCAACCUGUCCCCAAAUCCUCAGUAUCACAUGUUACAGUGUCGUUAUUUGGAGGACUGUGCCAUUUCAUUUUGGAAUCAACGACCAUGCGAAGACGAUAAAAUCAUAACAAGCUGGAUAGAUGAAUUAACCGACGUUUAUACCAAUAGCACAGAAUGGAAUCUAUGUCCAGAAAUAAAAGUGGACGUGGGAUGCUAUUCAAGCUAUGUUUACAAAUAUAAUGACGAUGUUUACGAUAUAGAUGUACUGGUUCUGAAGCAUAAAGAUUGCACUAAGAAUUAUCUGAUAUAUGGCAUAACGUGCCUCGCCAUUAUAGUGUUUAUCGGCAUCGCAACGAUUGUCGGCUGGAAAUUGCUGACCGACGCCCAAGAUAAGAGAGAAUACCUGAAAUUCAAAAAAGCACACGCGGCUGACCUGACAGAAUCUUGCGCUAACCCACUCUACGAACCAGCGAGCGUAACAUUUGCUAAUCCGAUGUUUAGAAAGCAAUCUAUAACAAAUUAAGGCCGUAUUUAUAAACCAAAUGUUUUCAUUCCUUAAAUGUAGCUUAUGUUUGUGACUAGCAUAAAAUUGGAUAAUGUAAUGUUAAGUUUUACGCAGUCUUGGAUUUGUAAAACUUUCUGCAAUCCUGCCCCGAGUACUUAUAUAGGUACUUUACAAUAUUGUAACUAAGCAAAAGUAUAGAAAUAAACAUAAAAUUAUAGAACUA